CCCAACAACUGCAUCUCUCAACUCGUCCUACGGAUUUGCGCCUGUCCCUCUACCUACCGCUUAACGAACUCCCGUUUCAUACGGCCCAUCUCUCUUAGCCAUCUAUUUUAAUCAUACCAACUCUCCAGGUGCAUCGAUACUGCGCUUUGUCGCCUCGCUCCGCUGUAAAGGGAAUCCCCAGUUGAUUGGACCACGAAGAACCGACCGCAACCUGCGCCGCGCACCGCUAUAAGCAGACACGACCCGUUCGUCGCUCCGAACACUUCUCGCCUUGUUCGUCUACCGCAGGGGGAGUGAAUCAGCAGGGAAACAUUGCUUACGCACAAUCCAACAAAACACCAAGCCCACCCAUGAUGCCGCCGUCUUCACCGCAAACACCACGGCACUCGCCGUACCCCUCCAUGGAGAACCUCCGUUCCGCAGCGUCCUACUCCCCGCAAGAGGGCCGCGCCCUCUCACACAAGUCGUCCUUCAACGACCCGUUAACGCCCUCACGAAACAGCUUUAACUCCUCGGUGGGUCCCACGAUGGACAUUGGCAUGUUUGGAAACGGAGGUAUGGACAACGGCGGCGGGUUGGGUAAUCUAGCGGACGAGCUAGCAGACGCCUUUUCAGACGGUGAAGACGACUACUUCGAGGGUCCAGAAGGCGAAGAGGCACCCAACAUGGAUGGCAAAAGUGAAGAAGAGGACCUGCUCCCGACGCCCAUGCCAAAGGACGGGGGUGGUAUACGGGAUAGCGGUGUUGACGUGGCAAGUCCCCGGAGCCGCCAGCGCGCAAGUCUAAAAUCACAACUCUCACCGAACGGAAGGGGCCACCAUCACCACCACCGCCGGAAGGGGAGUGAGUACGACGGAAGUGAAUACGGUUCUGAGUCAGACCUAGAGCCAUCUGGACUAUCGCCCAGGCUGGUAGAGAAGAUGGCUGAGGUCGAGUCGCUUGCGCGAAGAGGCACAGAAAACAAUGGCUCAGCGGCCGACGGGGCAUUCCAGCGAGUGACUGAGGGUCUCCGCGAUCUAGGCUCACAAGCCGGUGUGGAAGGUGGUGCUACAAGACUCAUAACCGCCCACUCGGCCCUAACAACCCACCUAACCCACCAAACCCGGCAGCUACACAAUCUCACCUUCCCGCUCCUCUCCCCACUCUCGCCCGCGCCGGACGCCGAAGCGAUCGACGAACUGCUGCCCAUGCUGGUCAGCCUCUCGUCAUGCAUGCCGCGGCCGUCAACGGCCGCCUUCGCCCAGCUCGCCUCGCUGCACACUAUCACCACGGACCUGGUUCACACGCUCAACUAUUUGUCCGAUACGCUGCACAUGUCCAGACAAACGACGACGACAGCGACAAGAAGACUCAAGAGUGCGCGCGAACUGGUGGCGGAGCUCAAGCGCGAGGAAGAAUUGAGGGAGCAAGGAGAGCGCUGGCUGAGCAGGGGUAACUGGAGCGAGAGGCUGCGGAAUCGCGAGUGCGCACAUGUCUGCGGCGAGGUGGUGGGCGGGUUUGAGGAGGUGUGUAAUACUUGGCGGAAGAGAUUGUUAGCGCAGGAAGGAGGGGGUGGUGGUGCUGGUGCUGGGGAGGGGCCCGGGACGGCAGGGAGUGUUGAGGCUUGAUGAAGAGGGAGGCAGACUUGAUGAUAUUGGGGUUUUGCGGCAUUCUGAGAUGUGGUUGUUUGGUUGGUAAGCAUUCACAAAUGAAGAGAUUUAUAACAAAUAAGGUGUUUGACGAUGAUGAAUGGAGAGAAGGGAAGGGAAGGGAAGGGAAGGGAAGGGAAGGGAAGGGAAGG